AUGCAGCUCUCUACUCUCGCUCUUCUGGUCGCCACCGCUGCCGCUCAGUCUGUCGUUGCCCAGAUCCCCGACGGUCAGAUCCAGGCCCAGUCUUCUGCUGAGGUCGCUUCUCCCAAGCCAGCUCCUGCCACCGCCCAGGCCCCCGUCUCUCAGAUCAACGACGGCCAGAUCCAGGCCCCUAAGUCUACCGCUGCUCCUGCUCCCGCUCCCAAGCCCGAGACUGCCGCUGCCCCCGUCUCCCAGAUUAACGACGGUCAGAUCCAGGCUCCCAAGUCUACUGCUGCUCCUGCCCCCGCCCCCAAGGAGACUGCCCAGGCUCCCAUCUCUCAGAUCAACGACGGCCAGAUCCAGGCUCCCAAGUCUACCGCUGCUCCUGCCCCCGCCCCCAAGGAGACUGCCCAGGCUCCUGUCUCUCAGAUUAACGAUGGUCAGAUCCAGGCCCCCAAGUCUACCGCUGCUCCUGCUCCCGCCCCCAAGGAAACUGCCCAGGCUCCCGUCUCUCAGAUUAACGACGGCCAGAUCCAGGCUCCCAAGUCUACUGCUGCUCCUGCCCCCGCCCCCAAGGAGACUGCCCAGGCUCCCGUCUCUCAGAUCAACGACGGCCAGAUCCAGGCUCCCAAGUCCACUGCCGCUGCCCCCAAGGAGACUGCUCUUGCCCCUGUUUCUCAGAUCCACGAUGGCCAGAUCCAGGCCCCCAACACCACCAUCGCCAUCAAGCCCACUGCUCAGGGUGUCGUCUCUCAGAUCCACGAUGGUCAGAUCCAGGCUCCUGCCUCCACUGGCCCCGUCGCUGCCCAGGCUAACGGUGCCAUCACCAACGGUGUCUCCAUUGCUGGUGUCGUUGUUGCCGUCGCUGCCAUUCUCCUCUAA